AUGACCGGACCGAACAGCCAAAGUGAGUUGUUCACCAUAGUGAUGCGCUUCCGGACCCACCCCAUCGUAUUCUCUGCGGACGUGUCAAAAAUGUACAGGCAAGUACUAGUGGACCCUUCACAGACCCGAUACCAGCGAAUCUUCUGGCGAAGCAACCCAUCGGAAGCGCUGAAGGUUUUCGAACUGUUGACCGUAACCUACGGAACAUCGGCAGCAUCCUUUCUGGCUGUGCGCUCGCUUAUUCAACUAGCACGGGACGAGAGCACGAAUUAUCCCACGGCUGCCGAGAUCAUCUUGGACGACUCUUACAUGGACGACAUCCUUUCUGGCGCGGAUUCGGUUAAUGAAGCGAUUAAACUUCGGAGCGAUAUCGAGGAGUUGAUGCUGAAGGGUGGAUUUCCCGUCAGAAAGUGGUGUUCAAAUUCCGAAGAACUCCUUGACAGUGUUCCAGUGGAGGAUCGUGAGAAGCUGGUACCAAUUCACGACUCCAGUGCCAACCAAGCUAUCAAGGCUUUAGGACUCAUGUGGGACCCGCGGCGAGAUUUGUUCCUGUUUUGCCAAUCCGCUGAUACGACCAACCCCGGAGCGGUAGUGACCAAGCGACGUGUCCUGUCCCAAAUAGCGAGGUUGUUUGAUCCACUGGGACUCGUCGCGCCAGUGAUUGUGGAAGCGAAAAUGAUAAUGCAAUGCUUGUGGGCCAGCAAAUUAGGAUGGAACGAUACCCUUGACGAUGAGCUACUCCAGCGGUGGAAUACUUUCCGGACUUCCUUGGAUCAUAUAACAGAUCUUGAAAUUCCCCGGUGUGUCGUGGAUACAGAGAGGGAAGUAUUAGAGAUCCAUGGAUUUGCCGACGCUUCCAAGAGUGCAUAA